AUGCUCCCCCAUCUCCAAAAGUCAAUUAGCCACACACCAGCAACCAUAAUGUUGAGGGUUCUCAUGAUCAGUUGCGCGAUCCUGUUGUUGUCGCUGCUGCCAGCCCCGACGGAGUCCACCAAUUACCAAUUCGACGACGGCGGCGGCAGUGCUGCUGAAUCUUCUUCCUCCGAUGCUGUUUACAUAGUGUAUAUGGGUGCAGCAAACCCAGACAACUUUGCUGCCAAGGAAACGGUCCUCAACUCUCUCCUUGAAAGGCGGGAGACGGACGUUCUGAGGAGGUACAGUCAUGGGCUAUCGGGCUUCGCGGCCUAUCUCUCGGCGACGGAGGCCCAGUCCAUCGCAGCCUGUCCAGGAGUAGUCUCGGUGUUCCGCAGUUCCAACUUGAAACUCCACACGACAAGAUCCUGGGACUUCCUCCAAGAGCUGCAGAGUGAAUCCGACGCCGUUCCGCCCAGCAGCUGCCGCAGCAACAAACAACCCGACAGCAGCAACGUUGUAAUCGGAAUCUUCGACUCCGGGAUAUGGCCCGAGUCGGAGAGCUUCCGACUGCAAGGCACCAAUCCCAGCGUGCCACGUGGAUGGAAUGGCACUUGCAUGGCCGGAAGAAACUUCAACAUCACAGCCUGCAAUGGGAAAAUCAUUGGUGCCAGGUACUACACAAACAUCAGCGACACCCCAAGAGACUUAGACGGCCACGGGACCCACGUGGCGUCGACGGCGGCGGGAGUUGCCGUGGGCAAGGCUUCCUACUACGACGGACUUGCAGCCGGCACCGCCCGGGGAGGCUCCGAGUCCGCGAGGAUCGCAGUGUACAAAGUGUGCCAGCGCAGAGAUUGCCCGGCCUGGCUUCUUCUCGGCGCGUUCGAUGACGCAAUCGCCGAGGGCGUCGACGUCAUUUCCCUCUCGCUCGGCUCUGACGAUUCCGGAGACUUUCUCAGAGACCCAUUGGCCCUCGGUGCCUUCCACGCCGUCGAGCACGGGAUCGCCGUCGUUUGCGCCGGCGGAAACAGCGGGCCCCGCCCCUCGACGAUUUCGAACGAUGCGCCGUGGAUCGUAACGGUGGGCGCCUCCACGGUGGACAGGGCUUUCCGAUCCAACAUCCUCCUGGGCGGAGGGCAGGGCGAAUGGAUAGGGCUAGCCGGUCUGAUCAGUCGAUCGCCGAUCUACCCGCUGACAGACGGCCGAUCAGCAAAGAAAGGCAAUGUGUCCUUCUCUGCGGCAAGGUACAGAAGUUGCGAACCCAAUUCCCUAAGCAAAGAGAAAAUGGAAGGCAAAAUUGUGAUCUGUGACGUUAAAGACGGCGGUUUUGAGUAUGACUACGAUGACCAACUGCGAGAGGUGUUCUCGAAGGGCGGUUUAGGUGUAAUAGUGGUGAAGAACAUUUCCAAGAGGGUGACUGAAAGUCUAUGGGAUAUACCCAUUACCGCGGUCGGUUCUAGGGAAGCAGCACAACUUAUGGCCUAUAUCAAAGCUACCCGGAAACCUUUGGCAACCAUCCUGCCGACGGUAGUUGUGGGGAACUAUACACCGGCGCCAGAAGUUGCAUUCUUCUCCUCCAGGGGGCGUUCUAACAACUCGGCCCACAUUAUCAAGCCUGACAUCACUGCACCUGGAGUCAACAUCCUUGCCGCUUGGACAGGUGACGACGACCUCGAUAAGCCAAAAGGAAGGCCUCAGUCAAGCUUCUACCUCGACUCUGGAACUUCCAUGUCGUGCCCUCACGUUACAGGGGUUGCCGCCGACAUCAAGGCUCUCAACCCAUCUUUCACCCCAUCUGCCAUUAAAUCCGCAAUAAUGACCACUGGUACCAACAAUCUGGGAUCUCGUAUUACAACUCACACCGGAGAAGAGGCCAGCCCAUAUGAUUUGGGCGCAGGGGAGCUGAAUCCAAUGGGAUCGCUCAAUCCAGGGCUCGUCUACGAGACUGACGUGACUCACCACUUGUUGUUCAUGUGUUAUUACGGCUACGACACCAACACCGUAAGCUGGAUAUCCAAAGUUGCUCGCUCCUCAAACUUCUCCUGCCCUCCAGACUCGCGAUCGGACCUCAUCUCUAAUCUCAAUUUCCCAUCAAUCUCGGUCGGACUGACGGGAGCCAAUCGAACCAGAACCGUUCCGAGGGUCUUGACAAAUGUCGCCGGAAAUGGAAAUUGGACAUACAAGGCCGUGGUCGAAUUUGGAGGAGCUGCUCGCUCCUCAAACCAUAAGCUUUGCUUUGCUUUGACAUAG